GACUGGACUCUCAUCACUCCUCAGCACCAGGGACAGUAUGAGCGCGUCUGUGGCCGUGUACAGGAGCGUCUACACCGAGGACCGCUUCAAACAGGCCUACGGCUCCGAGGACAGCGCCAAUGGAAGUCUGCGGCUGCGGGACAAGCUCGCCGGGAAGUGCAGGUGUUCAACACGAGCCUUCCUUCACCUGCUCAGGGAGAGAGUCCCAAUUUUCAAGUGGCUGCCGAGAUACAGGCUGAAAAAAUGGAUUGUAGGAGACACUAUAGCGGGACUGACAGUCGGUGUUCUUCACAUUCCUCAAGGCAUGGCCUUCGCUUUACUCACGUCAGUGGCACCAAUAUAUGGCCUUUACACCUCCUUCUUCCCCGUGAUCCUCUAUAUGUUGUUUGGCACAGGCCGCCAUGUUUCCACAGGUACCUUUGCUGUGGUGAGUCUGAUGACUGGCUCUGUGGUGGAGCAGUUGGUUCCCAGUCCCCUGGACCUGAACUCCAGCUCGUCUGAAGCAGCUGACUUUGAGGCCCAGAGGAUUGGAGUGGCCUCGGCUGUAGCUCUCCUCUCAGGAAUUCUAAUGCUCUGUAUGUGUGGUCUUCAGCUGGGCUUCCUGUCCACCUAUUUAUCAGAGCCAAUUGUUAAGGCUUUCACCAGUGCUGCUGCCUUCCAUGUCACCAUCUCUCAGCUGCAAAGCAUGCUGGGCCUGCGGCUUCCUCGCCACACUGGGACGUUCUCCCUCUUUAAGACUUUAGCGUCAGUGAUGGAGAACCUGCCUCACACUAACAUGGCUGAGCUGCUGAUCUCCCUUGUGUGUUUGGCUGUCUUGGUCCCAGUUAAGGAGAUCAACAGGCGUUACCGGCAGCGCCUGUGCACACCCAUCCCUGUGGAGAUUCUCACGGUGAUUCUUGCUACAGGUGUGGCCUAUGCCUCCUCACUGGACUCAUCUUACAACAUUGAGAUAGUUGGCCACAUCCCAGCCGGAUUUCCAAGGCCACAAAUGCCCGCCUUGCACACUUUACCUGACAUCGCUGGCGACACGGUAGCCAUAACAUUUGUCGGUUAUGCUGUUUCAGUCUCACUGGCAAUGAUUUAUGCCGAUAAACAUGGAUAUUCCAUACAACCCAACCAGGAGCUGCUGGCUCAUGGUAUCUCCAACACAAUAUCCUCCUUUUUCACCUGCUUCCCCAGCUCAGCCACUCUAGCCACCACUAAUAUUCUGGAGAGUGCUGGAGGACACACACAGCUCUCCGGCUUGUUCACGAGUCUGGUUGUUCUGAUUGUACUGUUGUUGAUUGGACCUCUGUUCUACUUCCUACCCAAGGCAGUCUUGGCCUGCAUCAAUGUCACCAGCCUCAGGCAGAUGUUUCUGCAGUUCCAGGACUUACCUGAGCUGUGGAGAAUCAGCAGGAUUGAUUUUAUAGUUUGGGUGGUAACCUGGCUCUCCGUAGUGGUCCUUAACGUGGACCUUGGCUUAGCCAUUGGAGUGGUUUUCUCCAUGAUGACUGUCAUCUGUCGCACUCAAAGGGCCAACUGUUCAGUACUUGGCCGAGCCAGCAACACAGAACUGUACAGACCUCUGGAGAACCACAGCAAGUGCUAUGAGGUCCCAGGAGUAAAGAUUCUGACUUACAAUGGGCCUAUUUACUACGGCAACCGCAGCUUCUUCAGGGAGGAGAUAAGCAGGCUGCUGGGCCUGACGCCAGAGAAGAUCCGCAGCUGGGAGAAGGCCAGGAAAGCUCUGGAGAAACGGGAGAGAGAAGCCGCCGUCAACACUGUGGAAAGAGGCAUUACAAACACAUCUUUUUCCUUAGAAAACGAGUUCUUUAAAUCAGAAACAGCUGAGAGUGAUGUCCAGGCGGUGGUGAUUGACUGCAGCAGCGUGAUAUUUGUCGAUGUUGCCGGAGCACGACUCUUUACACAGAUGUGUACAGAAUGCCAGAAAGUGGGAAUUUAUGUUUUUUUGGCUAACUGCAAUGAGAGUGUGUUAAAGAUGCUGACAUCAAGUGGUCUGAUGAACUAUAUGAACCCUCAACAUAUUUUUGUCACCGUUCAUGAUGCGGUGAUGUAUAUUCAGCAGCAGAAGGAAAAACCUCUGGAGAACACAACAACUGUCUGGGUUUGAGGCAAAUCACCAAGGCAACCAAACCAUAAACCAAGUCUGAAGCGGCAGAGGACAUUGGGGACGUUGACAUUUGUUUUAGUAGCUGACUCCACGUCUCUCAGCUGAACUCAUACAGUAUUUGGUCCAGAUUGUACUGUACACCAAUGUUUCAAAGAAACAGUAGCCGGUUGUAGCACUAUGCCAAAUAAAAAUAAUUAUAACAUUAAAGUGUUUAAUAGUUUUCUCACAGUUAUUAGACUUAUUAUUGGCACACGUUACUCUGAUAUUUGUCAUAGGUGGCUUCAAAAAUUGGUUAAAUACAACAGACAAUCGUACAUUUUUCACCUGUAUAUGACAGUUAUUAAUUCAUUAGUUAUUGUGUUUUUAUAUUUUCAUGUAUGCUCGAACAUUAUCAUUGUAAUAUUUAUUUAGUUUCUCUUUGUUGUUUGCAAUUACAUGCACUGAAUCAUUUGUAAAAAUAUUUUGUAUAUUUGUGUCUCCCUUUUUAU